AUGCUGGGCCAACAGCAGUACAUCCUGGGCAGGAUCCUCGUGGUGGAUUUGCGAGGGCUGGAGAUCGCGGUACAGCUAAAGGAAUUGGAGGACUGUAGGGAACAGUGGCAGCAUGAGCGGGCCAUGGUGGAGCUGAGAAAGAGGGAGACCUCGGCUCUGCUGAGUGGGGAAGAGCCAGGGGACCGGGGACUAGCGUUAGCUGAUGUGCUGGCAGAGCUGCCAGACACGGCUUCUUGUGUUGCACAGUAUGUUGACGAUCUUCUCAUCUCCUCACCACAUGGCCAAGCGCACAUGAAGAACUUAGGAGGGAUCCUGCAGCGCUCCGCAGACAGCGGGGCAAAAAAGACCUGUCGAAUCAGGGGUGUGGGACGCAGGGAGCCUGUUCUUUCGGAAAAAAGGCCUCCAGCAAGAAGCCCUGGUGAACAGUCCAGGCAGGAGAGGGGGGAGAGCUGCAUCCGGAGGAGGAGGAGGAAGAGGAGGCAGCAGGGACCCCUCCCAGGAGCCGGUCUCCAGACUCCAGAGGCCUCCCAGGCAUCCGUGGAUAUUGGAGGGAUCAUCAGCCGGACCCUCUACCCAGGAGAGGAGCAUCACACCCGCCCCACCACCAUCCCGGACACGUGGCACCCGCAGGCACUGGCGUGUCACACAGACCGGCUGAAGGAGCACGUCGUGGCCCCGCAGGAACUCGGCAGGACCCUCCAGCAGAGGAUGGAGGCAGAGGCCAAGUGGCGCAACAGGCUGUGCCACAAUGCGGCAG